GAUAUUUUAGUCUGUCUGGCGGCCUGCCCGCGCCGGUGGAUUCCGCGGCACGUCGGUCAGCGCGGCCCACUGAGCCCGGAGGCGGGCCGGGCGCGGCGAGUGGGCGGGUCCGCCGCGUCCACCGGUGUCUGAUCUGGACGUCUCUGCGUUGCAGACGGCUGCGGGCCCGGCGCCGGCGGCGGUGGCGGGCCCGGCAGUGUGCCCCGUGCCUCUGACGGAGCACUCGGAGACUCCGACCUCCGAGAUUGUCUUGCUGGAGGUGGAUCCGCCUCCUCCGCCGCCGCCGGAGCCGGAGCCGGAGCCGGAGCCCGGGCCGGAGCCGCUCGACGGACAGUACCGGUGUUCUGAAUGCGGCAAGACUUACUCACGAGCUCAUUAUUUCGUGCGUCACGUGCGCUCGAGGCACGGCCGGGUGGUGUCGAUGGCGCCGCCGUGCUGCCCCGUCUGCCAGCGUGUCUUCUCGUCUCGCCAGGCGCUGGAAACCCACUGGCGCAUCCAUAAGGGCGAACUACCGUUCGCGUGUGAGGUCUGCGGCCGCCGGUUCCGGCAGAGCCGUCAUCGGGACGAUCACGCGCGCACGCACACCGGCGAGCGGCCGUACGCGUGCCAGCAGUGCAGCUGCACGUUCGCGCACGCGCAGACGCUGGCGCAGCACCAGCGGAUGCACGCGGGAGUGCGACGUCACGCCUGCCCGUCCUGCCCGCGGCGCUACGGCCGCGCCGACAGACUGCGGGAACAUCAGCUCAAAGUGCACGGCGUGCCCGGUCAGCCGCGGCAGGUGACGCCGCCGCGAAGGACGCGACAGCGGACUCGGCGGGCUGCCGAGGCUCCCGGGACUCAAUCGCAGGAACCUGAAGCGCCGCUAGACUAUCUUCAGUUACCUGAACUAGAGACUGAGGGAGAGGUGCCUCCCCCGGCGGCGCUGGCGGAGCGAGAGGCGCAGCACGCAGACUCCCUGGCUCUAGCGGCAGCGCACGACGCCCUGUCACUGCUGGAGUCGCCCGAAUCAGACUCGGCUCGCUUCAUCGACUCGCAGCCCACAGAUAACAUGCUGCUGAUGCCCGCCCCCGGGGCGUCGUCUGCCCCACUGCUGGGUUCUGGGGACGGAUUACCACUAGCUGAACCGAGCGGGACCGAGGGAGAGCUGAGACUGACUGGUGAGAUGGCAGAACCAGAGACAUUAACCCUGCUUGGGUCGCGCGGUGAUGAGGUGGUCGCGCUGGAUGUGGUGUCUGAGACUGGUGACGAACAGCACCAGCACCAGGGGCAGCGAUCCGUGAUGGUGCAGAUCUCGGACGGGAUGAUCUCGUGGUGAACUAAUAUGAUCUCAUGGGCAGACUAAGGUGAUCUUGUGGGCAGACUGAGCAGAGCUUGUACCGUCUGUUCAGACGGGUGACAUCUGUCCUCGGCGGUGACAACUGGCGCCUGUCACUCCUGUCAGAACAUUGUUACCCAGUGGCCCCCAGGGAUGAAUCGUCUUUCAUUUUGUGUGUUCUUUGGAUAUAUCUGAGUGGUUGACUACAUUUUGAAAUCUUUUUGCUGGGGAGGUGUUUCAGUGUCGUUAUUGUUGCUGAGUCGAUUGCUACUAUUUAAAAGGUUGUUGCCAAAACUUCUCCGAAUAAACGCUAAAGAUAUUA